GUUAUUCAAAAAUUUUGGUCCCGCACCUCGGCCAUCGUGAGGUUCUUUUGUGAAAAAGCGGAAUUUUUCAGAACUUCUGAUUCGGGGGUACCGGAAAAAACGUUCCUUUUGUGCUUGGAAAGUUUCUUGACCCGGUUUCAAUAGUUUGGUUCGAUAAUUCGGCCUACGCGACCAUCUGGAAAGGUGAAUACGGCGUAAAGCUAAUGGAAUUUGAUCGGUUCGGAACUAUGGUUCCGGAAGUGAGUGUCCGAGCUCGUUGAAAAAGUGCAGCACGCAAACGAAGAACGUUGAGAAGUGGCUUGGGAGCUAGAGACGGGAAAUUAGGGAAGCAAGGUUGAUUGGUCUGUUUAUGAGAAGGAACAUUCUGCUGGCAUCGUCACCGGGAGGGCUUAUCCCGGCAGGGCAGUGGAAAUGAGUUCUGGAAGCGGCGAAGGCAGUCGGCUGGGGCAUCAUCAUCUCCAGAACAACAACGGCGAAUCGGGAAUACUGCGGCACAAGGGACACUUCCAUCAUCAUCAUCACCAUCGGGACGGAUACGGAGCGGACAACUUUGCCGAUCUGCUCGUGUUCGGGUACAGCUGCAAGGUGUUCCGGGAUGACGACAAGGCGCGCUUCAUCGACCAGGGCCGGCAUCUGAUUCCGUGGAUGGGCGACAAUCAGUUGAAGAUAGACAGAUACGACGCCCGGGGAGCGCUGCACGAUCUGAGCCAACACGAGCCACCUCCAGGGGGAUACGGCAACCGGAUCGAUUGUCUACCGCCGGCGGAACAGCGAGCGGAGCAGCUCUGCGAAGAGGAACGGUACCACAGUCUGUACACCAACGAGGUCGAGGAAGAGAUCGCACAGGAGGAAGCAGCGAAACGCGCCUCCGCAGCCGGUGCCGAGAUAGCCUUCAACUACGAUGAUCCGCAGGGCACCGGAGAGGAUGGCACCGGAUCGCCAACGGUCGGUCCCAAACCGCCGGAAGCGGGCGAAGAGGACGACAGCUUGGAUCCGCCGUUCGUUGCUCCCGCGAACUUCGAGAUUCCGCACGACCUGGAACGGCCCGACACCAUGAAGGAGCACGCCAUCAUCGAGAAGACGGCUAAAUUUAUCGCUUCCCAGGAUUCUCAGAUGGAGAUUCUGCUCAAAGCCAAACAGGCCGCCAAUCCACAGUUUGACUUCCUGAACGCGGGUGGGCAUCUGUAUCGAUACUAUCGGCACGUCUUGAUGGCCGUUAAAACCAACCAAUAUCCGGAGGAGGUUCCGGAAGAAGAAUUAAACGGCUUAGAAGCUGAACCGGUGGAAUCGGCAGUCGAAAGCAUUGCCGAGAUACCGAUUCCCGUUCCUGCCAUCAAAUAUAAACCGUCGGUGGACUGCGCUUACACCCAGCUUAUCAGUAAAAUAACGGGUGCCCCGAUUCCUAGCAAUCCAACCAGCGACAGUGAAGGAUCGAAAUCGCCCAUCAAUCCAGGUCUCCUAAAGUUUUCGAAUCCAGAGGGCAAUCAAAAACAUACUGAGAAUCCGGUGGAGAAAAAAACGGUCCCCACUGGUUUGGCGGGUCUGGUACAGUACAAUUCCGACAGCGAUGAAAGUGGGAACGAUCACGAGGAAGUUCGCAAGGCGGAAGCAGCUCCCAAGAUUGAAAGGCGGAAGAUCACGUUUAGUGGCGCCGUUCCUCCGGAGAUUUUUCAACACGUGAUUGAAAAAACGGCUACAUACGUAGUGAAGAAUGGGUACAGUUUCGAGGAAGCGUUGAGGACCAAAAACGAUGCCCGGUUUCUGUUCCUUCGGAAAGAUCAUGAAUUUUAUCCGUAUUACGCAUUUCGAGUACGCUUCUUGACGGAUCCGUACGAGGAAGUACGGGAGAGCCCGGAAAAGGUGACCAUUACCCGUGAGAUUGAAAACGGUACCGUGGUAGAAAUGCCGAGCAUUGGAAUCAAAACGGUUAACAUCGCUCCGCAACCAGUUCCUGCUCCGGUGCCGCUGAUUCAAGCCACCAAACCUGGUGGAGCGGUAUGUUUUUCUAUAAAAAAUAAAGACGAAGGAGCUAAAUCGAUUAGCUCCAGUGUAGUUCAAGAGCUUGGUGGCGUCGAUGAGGAGGAAGCUAACACCGCUAAAAAGGACGAUGUGGCUUCAACUGACCCAGAACCGGUAAAAGAAGCUAAUCGAGAAACGGUGACUGAAGAGGAGAUAACACAGAUUGAACAAUCCACAACUCCAACACCCGUUCCACCACCAGCUGUGCUAGACAAUGAUUCAGGAAAAGGUUUAAAAAUACCACUCGACGAAAUCAAGGCUCAACUCCCGCUUGAUUUAAUUGAACCCGGUGGCUCCAAGGACCAGAAACGACUAGAAGAUCGCAUCAAAGACAAACUGGCAACAGCUGCUCGUGAUAAAAUGGCCAUGAUUGCAAAAGAGAAACAACUACAGUUGGAACGUAAGAAAAAAGCUAGCAUGUUCCUCAGUUUGAUCAACAAAGGCGAACCGGCUAAAACGGACGAUCGAGAGUCCCCUACGCAGCAGCAAAGUUCGAGUCCUGAACUUACAGAACCUUCAAGUUACGUUGAUGUGGCUAAAAACGGUGUCGAAAAAAGCGAAAAUCACCAAGCAGAACAGCGCGCCACGGAUCAUGACGAAGAUGAAGAAGACGAAGACGACAAUGACGACAGUUCCGAAAUGUCCGUUCACUCAAUACCUUCCCACUCGCCUAGUCCCAGUCUGAAUCAAAUUGACUCAAGUGCCGAGGACGACGUGGUACUUGUUGAAGAACCAGUCGAACGACCUUCACGAUCUCGCAGCAGGUCUCUUUCCCGGACUGAGAGUGGCUCCCGGAAGCGGAAGCACAAACAUAAAAGCAAAACCAGCAGCAGCAGUAGCAGCAAAAAAUCUAAAAAGAAGAAAUCUAAAAGUGCCAGUCGAAGCCCAAGUCGGAGUCGCAACAAGGCGGCCAAGUCCAAACGAAAGCGAACCCGUAGCAGCCGUUCCCGGUCUAAGUGUUCUGAACGAUCCCGCAGCCGAUCCCUUUCGUCCAAGAAAAAGAAAAAGAAGAGCAAAAAGAAGGACCACAAGCAUCGAAAAUCGUCCCGAUCGUCGUCUUCAUCUAGGCAGCAGCAGGAACAGCGGCACCAUCAUAAUCACCACUCCUAUAAAUCCAGUCACCAGUCGUCGUCACAUGGCUGGGAGGAUGAGCGGGAAGAUCAGGUGGAGCCUGCAGUGGACUACUUGAGUGAGGAACGCUGGAAAAUGUUACAGUACGACUUGUAACGUUCGGAAGAAUGUUUUCUAGAACAGGGCUGUAUAUAAUGCACAUAGUGGAAAUGAAUAUUGAAUAAUAUGUUCAGUAAUAA